AGCCCCGCCCCGUGCGCACAGGCGCAGGGAAGAAGGGGCGGGGCUACGCUAGCGUCCGCGCCAUCAGGCAGAGGUGGCGGAAGGGUUCGUUCCCUGUGUAUGGUUUUCCCAGCCAAACGCUUCUGCUUGGUGCCAUCCAUGGAGGGCGUGCGCUGGGCCUUUUCCUGCGGCACUUGGCUGCCGAGCCGAGCCGAAUGGCUGCUGGCAGUGCGAUCGAUCCAGCCCGAGGAGAAGGAGCGCAUUGGCCAGUUCGUCUUUGCCCGGGACGCCAAGGCAGCCAUGGCUGGUCGUCUGAUGAUAAGGAAAUUAGUUGCAGAGAAAUUGAAUAUCCCUUGGAAUAAUAUCCGUUUGCAAAGAACUGCAAAAGGAAAACCAGUUCUUGCAAAGGACUCGUUGAAUCCUUACCCCAAUUUCAACUUUAACAUCUCUCAUCAAGGGGACUAUGCGGUGCUUGCUGCUGAACCUGAACUACAAGUUGGAAUUGAUAUAAUGAAGACUAGUUUUCCAGGUCGUGGUUCAAUCUCAGAAUUCUUUCAUAUUAUGAAAAGAAAGUUUACCAACAAAGAAUGGGAAACAAUCAGAAGCUUUAACGAUGAAUGGACUCAGUUGGAUAUGUUUUAUAGGAAUUGGGCACUGAAAGAAAGCUUCAUAAAAGCCAUUGGUGUUGGACUAGGAUUUGAAUUGCAACGGCUUGAAUUUGAUAUGUCUCCAUUAAACUUGGAUAUAGGCCAAGUUUAUAGAGAAACACGAUUGUUCUUGGAUGGGGAGGAAGAAAAAGAAUGGGCAUUUGAGGAAAGCAAAAUAGAUGAGCACCAUUUUGUUGCAGUAGCUCUUAGGAAACCUGAUGGAUCUAGACAUCAGGAGGUUCCAUCUCAAGAUGAUUCUAAACCAACCCAGAGGAAAUUUACUAUUCUCACCUUUAAUGAUUUAAUAGCAUCUGCUGUUCCCAUGACACCUGAAGAUCCUUCAUUUUGGGACUGCUUUUGCUUCACAGAAGAAAUUCUCAUACGAAAUGGAGGAGACUGUUGAAAAUGAAGAAGCUAAGGUGGGCUUGGGAGAAUGGAAUUGAGGUGAAGCCCACUGCCUGCCAUAAGAAAGGUGUGCCACAAUUUACUCAUUUUUUUUCUGUUAAGACAUUUUGAUUGCAGUUAAUUAAGUAGUGUUUCAGUGAAUGUCCUUGUACAUUUUGAGGUGUACAUGCUUACUUAUGUCCUUAAGUUUCCAGAAGUGGAAUGACUGGUUUACAGGGCUUAAACAUUUUUAGAACUUUGAUGAGUAUUACCGUAUUGCUCUCCACAAAUGCUGUACAAUUUACCCUUUCAGUUAGUACUAUAUGUGUGACCGCCCUCCUACCUACAUAUUCCCUGGUCAAUUGUAGGUAUUAUCUGUUUUUCUUUUUAAUUUAAUCUUGGCCAGCAUAACUGAAAAUGGUAUGUCAUUUUAGAAAUAUGUAUUUCAUUGCACAUGAAGUGGAUAUAUCCCAUCAGUGUUGUUACUGGUUGGUUGUGUUCCUUUUUUAUGAACUGCCUGUUCAUCAUCUUUACCUGUUUUUAUUUUAAUAAGUAGGACUGAAUUAAAAUGGGAACAUAAUAUAUAAGAUGCCAAGACCAUCAUAUUGAUGACAGAAUCGAUUAUAUGGUUGUAGUGCAUGUUUGGGGGAGUUAAAGUCUUGUUAAGUAUCAAGAAGUAAAAUAAUUUCAUUGUUUCUAUUAAUAUCACUAACAUUAAAAGUUGUGUGUAAAUUGUAUAAAAUUAGGUACUUUAGUAAAAAAAUUGGAAUGUUUUAUAAUUUUUUAAUUUUAUUAAGCAUGCUGAGUUAUUCUAAACGUAGUAAAUAAUGUGUUUUAAAAAGAUCAAGUAGCAUUUAUGAUAGAGGAAGUAUUGUUAUCCCUAGCAUGAGUGUAAUGGUGAUACGAAAAUAUACUUGUCAUUAUAAUAAAAAAUUAGCAUUUA